ACCUGCUAUUCUAGGCCAUUUUACCUUAUCCUGCGCGAAGUGUCUUUGCAGACAGUAAGUGUCUUAAUUCGCAGUUUUUUCAGGUGACAUCGUCGAUCGAAAUCGUGAUAUUGUCCUAAUUAUGUAACUCGAGUCAUUUCUUUGCGCGUGAUUUUUUUAUGCGCGAUUUCUAUUUCUCGGUUCUCGACUAUCUUAUUAUCAUCAGUUAGUAAAUAAUGGCAGGUAGACUAUUUGCAAAUCACUUGCGAUCUGUUAUCCAAAUACAAAGAUGUGGACUAAUGACAGUGGAUAGGAUUGGGAACAGGGAUGUGGUUGGCUAUGGAUUUAAUGGCGAACCUAGUUACUUAGACAGAACAGAUUUUCCCUGUCCUGCAGUACGUUGGAAGGAAAAUACCUCUGAUAUCAUGGCUCUGAGAGAGAAAGAGAAGGGAGACUGGAAGAAACUAUCUAUUGAAGAAAAGAAAGCUCUGUAUCGUGCUAGUUUUCGCCAAACGUUCAGCGAAAUCGAUGCACCGACAGGAGAAUGGAAAGGCAUUCUUGGAUUAAGUUUCAUAGUUAUAAGCGCUGGCGUAUGGCUAUACAUAUAUUUCAAGAUAUUUGCCUAUCCAGAAAUGCCAGAAACAUUCUCGCUAGAACGCCGACUAGCACAAUUAGAUCGUAUGAAGAAGCUUGACAUGAAUCCGAUCGAAGGACCCCUUGCUCGAAAAUAAAUUAUCUAUUCUUAAAUAAUUUAGUCUCAUUAUGUACAGUUCUUUCCAUGGACGCUUGUAUAUAUGUACAAGUGGCAAAAUUUCAAUAAAAUGCCAUAUGGUUACAUUAGAGCGCCAUUGAUAUUGAAAUAUA